AAUCUCUUAUGCGCUUCAAAUUACGUCUUCUAUCCCCUUCAGCGAAGAUAAAAAGUAACAUUGAAAUUAUAUUUUUCAUGAAGAAUCUUAACUCAGCAGAUAAAAUGAAUUUUAUGUUAAUGCUCUUUAUUUUCACACUUACCGUGACACACAUCAGUUCGAUCAACAAGUACAAAGAAGAUGUACAGUCAAGUCCGUUUAGAAUGAACAAGAUAAACCAGAUAUGGCACAAGGCAUUAAAGAGAUUAAAAGGGCAUAUGUUAGCAGACUUGUAUGCUGACCUUAAGAUUCAAGAUGGUUUGGAAUUACAACUGAAACGUCUCAAGUCUGAAGAUAUGGAUAAAGGAGGAAUGAAAGAGGCAGAAGUGAGAAUAAAACUAAGAGAUAUUGUGAAUAAGUACAAUUUACAAGAUGUAAUACACAUCCCAGAUGUUACUGGUACUAAUGAGGCAUUCAGUAAUGAUAUACCACCAGAUUUUAAAGACAAGAAGUUACAGAAAUUGUGGGAGAAAGCAGGGGAUUCUGGAUUUUCUGAUGAGGAAAUGGAAAAUCUGAAGAAAGAAUUUUGGCAUCAACAGCUAAAGCUGGAUGAAUAUGAUUUAUUGAAGGAUGGCUUUAAAUCUAUAUCAGAUUUAGACAUGAUAGACAAUAGCUUGGAUGGGUUUAACUAUGAUAAAAAGAACAAAAACUUAAAAUCAAUGAACAAAGAUAUAAAAGAUGGAUAUGAAAAUCUUGCAACACUUGGAUCAAAGAAACAUUUUGAAGAUGAUGAAUUAGAAUUCAAAGAUAAAAGAGUAUAUGAACUUUAUGCUAUGGCAAGAAAAUCAAAUAUGACAGAAGCUGAACUGCAGUCAUUUAUGGAAGAGUUACGACACUUUGAACACAGAAUCGACAAACAUGAAUACUUAAAAGAAGAAGUUCAGAUUGCUGAAAAUGUUCUUGGAAGAGAAACCAAAGAUGGUGAAAUGCCACAAAAACAUGUCUUACUAAAACAGAAGGCUAAUGAAUAUGGAAGUAAGGUUAAGAAAUAUCAUGCAGAAUUGCAAAAGAAAGUAAACAAAGCUUUAGAGGGUCAUAUAGAGCUGUGAUAUUUAUAUCAAAAGAUAAAGAACAGUUCCACUAGAAUACACAACCAGUUACAGGAAAACCAGUGUGAGAAUGCAGGGCAAAAAAAAUCUUCAUCUCUGACAAGUAUUUCUUAAUACUCAGGUAGCACAAACAAAAAAGUCUUGAUC